AAGGCGAGCUUCCGUGGGCAAGAGUCGUCAUUUCGGGAAACGGGAACCACCACCUCCUCCUCCUGAGGAAAGGCCGCGAGAGCCUCCCCUCAGCCUCCCGACCGACUAGGCCCGGGCCCGCCUUUUCCGUGACGAGGCCGGGGAGGAGCGGCUUCCCCGCGGGCCCCGAGGAGGAGGAGGAGGAGGAUGCCGCCGCCUUCGCCUUCGCCUUCGCCGGGCCUCUUCGAGCGGGAGCUGCCUCGGCGAUGGCGGCGGGGCUCGGGCCCCGGGAGGAAGGCGCCUCCCUCUCCGCCUCUCCGGCUGGCGCAGCGCUCGGCCGGGGGGACGGGCUCGGUGGUGUGGGACGCCGCCCUCGUCCUAGCCCGCUUCCUCGAGAAGAGCGCCGAGGAGGAGGAGGAAGAAAGAGAAGAUGGAGAAGCCGAAGCCGCCGGGGAGAGGCCUCGGGGCCGGGGCCGGAGCCUCCAGCUGGGGCGGAAGGCCGUCCUGGAGCUGGGCGCCGGUCCCGGCCUGGUGGGCCUCAUGGCCGCCUGCCUCGGGGCCAACGUCACAGUGACGGAUCUUGAGGAAGUCCAAGACUUGCUGAAGAUGAACAUUGAAAAUAAUCAGAACCUUAUCACAGGUUCCAUUCAAGCCAAGGUACUGAAAUGGGGUGAAGAAGUAACAGACUUCCUUCCUGCACCAGAUUAUAUACUGAUGGCAGACUGCAUCUACUAUGAGGAGUCGCUGGAGCCUCUCAUCAAGACCCUGAAAGACCUCUCUGGCCCCAGGACCUCCAUCCUUUGCUGUUACGAAGAGAGAACCAUGGGGAAAAACCCAGAAGUGGAGAAAAGGUAUUUUGAGCUUCUGCAGAAGGACUUUGAGUUGGAAAAGGUUCCUCUGGAGGAGCACGAUGAAGAGUAUCGGAGCGAGGACAUUCAUAUCUUUAUCAUCCGAAGGAAGUAUACGAAUUUACCAUCCUGACACCUCUGAUGUUGUCUUUCGGGGCUCUUGCCGUUGGGAAAAGACCCAGCCAAGAGGUCUUACGGAUUCUCUGCAGAACAUCUUUGGGCAGGAGCAGAUCAGGGAGCGAAUCUCUUGCGAAGACAACACAUGGGGUCAAGUUUCUUGGAAGAUCUAAAACGCAGAAACUUGGGCCUUUGGAUGACCUGUUGGCAUGGGAGGUGGUUGCAAAAGAGAAGAAGGCAUGUGAUCGGAUGGACACCCCCUCACGCACGAAGUGCACAGCCAGUGCUUUAUUGGCAGAUGGUUUAGUGCUUAUAUUUAUAUACAUUAUCCAGCCUCUCCAGUAAUGUUUUAUUUGUAACUGUGUACUAGAAAUUCUCUUAUAAAGAUGCAAGUUAUUAAACUCUUGCUGUUUCUAA